AUGGCGACCCGCGCGCCGCUCUUGGCCAAGGAGGGCAAGGGCCAGGCCCACAGCAAGGCCUCGAUCUUCUAUGGCGCGGAUGAGUACCUCGAGGAGCUUAAGCGCAAGUACGAGCAUGAUCAUGAGAUCGCCGCUCUCAAAAACGCACUGCCUGGUGAAGGAGACCCGAAUGCAGCAGGCGUUGCGCAAAGCAGCGACAAGAUGCUCUCGGUUCAGAAAAACAACGAAAACAGGAGUCUGAAGACCAAUCGGCUUUUCCCGACCCCGAACAAGCCAGACCCCAUGCCGCAAAACUUGGCGUUCCUCUUCACCAAGAUCACACCUGAGCAGAUGAUAUACAUGUGGAACGUGCUCACAGCGAUCUUUUUCAGCCAAGUAUUGAUGGUAAUCGCCUAUUGCGCAGCCUUGGCUUGCUUCCCAGACUUUUGGUGGACUUGCACGCUGUGCUUCGGCAUCCCGUUUUCGUACAUCGCCAUCCAGCAGAUCUACAUCGAUCAUGAUGUCAUGCACGGUGCCACCUUCCCCGUGUACGAAUGGCAGCGCUUCUUGACCCACCCGUUUGCGGACUUUUUCUCCUUGCCGUGGGAGGAGUUCGUGCUGGAACACAACAGGCAUCACGCGUCCACUGUGGACUUGCUCAUCCAGGGCGAGUUCGGCUGGGACCCUGAGGAGUUCCACUAUGCCUUGCAGCAGUGGGCAGGGCCAUGGAGCUCCAACUGGUACAAGUACCUGCUCACCGUGCCGUUCAUUCCGGUGAUCCACUUCUUUGGCCUGAACGACACCGGAUCCCUCUUCGCCCUGGAGUGGUGGAUGCACUUCCCGGAUGAGGGCGCGGGUGGUAAGUGCAACAAGGAGUUCUGGAGCAAAUGGGUUCCUCGCCGCAUCAAACACAAUGCUUUUGUCCUGUCCCUGUGGGCCUUCGUGUGGCUGCUCGGCACCUACCCUUUGGGACGCCCCUUGAGCGAGGGCUGGCGCUUCAUGUUCACCGUGUCGUUCUUUGCCCGCAUUGGGUUCUCGGCGGCCUGGAUGUUCAUCACCAACUUCACGCACUCCCUUCCCUGGAACGAGUUCCUCGCGCAGGAUCCAGGCCGUACCUGGCCAGUGCUGCACAAUGUCAUGGCUAUGGUUCUGGGUGGCAAGCACCGCUGGAACGAGAUGCUGUUCCAUGAUGUUCACCAUGCGUUCCCCAACGCCGUCGGCACUCUGAGCCAGCGCGGACGCUUCCAUGGCUGGGAGAAGGUGCAUGAUGCUGCGGCCGAGGUUCUUCACCGCGGCUUGUGGAAGGCAAAUGGCGAUGAGGAGACCCAGAUGCAGAAAACUCAAAGAAAGCGCUCCCUGAUGAUGAAGCAGGGCAAGUAG